AACAGCGAUGACAGCAGUGAAGGUUGCGAUACGAGGCAUAUAUACUUGAGGCUCGGGGCUUCUCGCACGAUGAAGAAGAGCUAGUAUAAUCGAGAAUCAGCGUGAAUCUGGUCUGGAAACGUUGUUCAGCAUUUGCAAAUCUCCUAUAGAAGCUUAUAUGUUGUCAUGUCCCGACGCUGCAGACUACUGUAAGGGUCUUACACAUACCCCCAGUGAAGCUGUCUAAGCGGUUACCUAAGGGGGGGCGUCGCCGCAGGUGAUGACCGGCUGGAUUCUUCAACCACUGCGCUGCUCUCGAACUGGAUUAUUCAUGCUGACAAGCACUUUGUGGGAACGCUGCCCCACAUGCUCGGUGGCACCGACAGGGUGGGUUCUUGUGACGCAAUGCGCUAGCCCGGGAACCGGUACAUGUUCGGCCGUGGACCGAAAGCCAAGCAAAUUCCAACUACACCCAACUGAGCUGCUACUUCACAUGAUACUUAGGUUGACGAUUCCUCGAGAACGAGUUAUACUGUUUGUUUUCUUCAACAGGGGAGGCUCCAGAGACACUUGGACAGUGGUGGAUAAUGCAGUUUUUGCAUCUGUAUCCUCUGAGGCUCAUGGAUCACAGCAAACAGUCCGUUCUACUUCCGAAUCUAGCAUGCCUCGGCAAUCCAGCCGAAUCAACCGCUUGAAUGGCACAAGACACCUCUUGGACGCAAAGCCCCUUGGAUGUAGGAAGGGUUUCAUGUUACCGUAGAUGAAGGUCGCAAGAGAGACAAACUUUUUCAAUAAUCAAAUGAAAAAUCGAGUUCCAUUAG